CGGCCAGGCGCGGGCUUCCCGCUGCGCCCCUGACCCGACUCCGAGCUCGGGUGGCCCCGGGGGAAGGACGCCUGGACAGGACGGCUGCCCGGGCACGGCCUCGUUGAGCCCUUGGGGUUUAGACCCAGAGGGCCAGCUGCAAGCCAGGCCACGUGCGGCUUGUCCGGGCAGGACAUCGGCAGGCGGUGCUUGGGAACUCGCAGACAGAGUGCACAGAUGAAACUGGGAAACUUCCUCCAGACCAGAUACUGAGGGAAGAGGGGAAGGAACUCCAUCCGCAAGACGCCGCCUCAGCCUGCACAUCUGGGAAGAAGCGAGGGACCAGCAAGCCGCGCCCAUGGCGCCCCCCAGCCUGCCGCUGUGGCUGCUGUCCACUGCACUCCUCUCCCUGCUGGCGGGGAGCUCGGCCUUCCUGUCCCAUCCCCGCCUGAAGGGCCGCUUCCAGAGGGACCGCAGGAACAUCCGGCCCAACAUCAUUCUGGUGCUCACAGAUGACCAGGACGUGGAGCUAGGUUCCAUGCAGGUGAUGAACAAGACCAGGCGCAUCAUGGAGCAGGGCGGAGCACACUUCAUCAACGCCUUCGUGACCACGCCCAUGUGCUGCCCGUCCCGCUCCUCCAUCCUCACUGGCAAGUACGUCCACAACCACAACACCUACACCAACAAUGAGAACUGCUCCUCACCCUCCUGGCAGGCACAGCACGAGAGUCGCACCUUCGCUGCGUACCUCAACAGCACCGGCUACCGGACAGCUUUCUUCGGGAAAUACCUCAACGAGUACAAUGGCUCCUACGUGCCGCCAGGCUGGAAGGAGUGGGUUGGGCUCCUUAAAAACUCCCGCUUUUAUAACUAUACACUCUGCCGGAACGGGGUGAAGGAGAAACAUGGCUUCGACUACUCCAAGGAUUACCUCACGGACCUCAUCACCAAUGACAGUGUGAGUUUCUUCCGCACAUCCAAGAAGAUGUACCCGCACAGGCCCGUGCUCAUGGUCAUCAGCCAUGCAGCUCCCCAUGGCCCUGAAGAUUCAGCCCCCCAGUACUCCCGCCUCUUCCCCAAUGCAUCCCAGCACAUCACGCCGAGUUAUAACUACGCUCCCAACCCAGACAAGCACUGGAUCAUGCGCUACACGGGGCCCAUGAAGCCCAUCCACAUGGAAUUCACCAACAUGUUGCAGCGCAAGCGCCUGCAGACACUCAUGUCCGUGGACGACUCCAUGGAGACGAUUUACGACAUGCUGGUAGAGACAGGGGAGCUGGACAACACCUACAUUGUGUACACCGCUGACCACGGCUACCACAUCGGCCAGUUUGGCCUGGUAAAGGGCAAAUCCAUGCCAUACGAGUUUGACAUCAGGGUCCCAUUCUAUGUGAGGGGCCCCAACGUAGAGGCUGGCUCUCUGAACCCCCACAUCGUCCUCAACAUUGACCUGGCCCCCACCAUCCUGGACAUCGCUGGCCUGGAUAUUCCUGCAGACAUGGACGGGAAAUCCAUCCUCAAACUGCUGGACACAGAGCGGCCAGUGAACCGGUUCCACUUGAAAAAGAAGCUGAGGGUUUGGCGCGACUCCUUCCUGGUAGAGAGAGGCAAACUGCUCCACAAGAGAGACAGUGAUAAGGUGGAUGCCCAGGAGGAGAACUUCCUGCCCAAAUACCAGCGUGUGAAGGACCUGUGUCAGCGGGCCGAGUACCAGACGGCAUGCGAGCAGCUGGGGCAGAAGUGGCAGUGUGUGGAGGAUGCUUCCGGGAAGCUGAAACUGCACAAGUGCAAGGGCCCCAUGAGGCUCGGUGGUGGCGGUGGUGGCCGAGGCCUCUCCAACCUGGUGCCCAAGUACUACGGGCAGGGCAGCGAGGCCUGCAGCUGUGAUGACGGGAACUUCAAGCUGGGCCUGGCUGGACGCCGGAAGAAGUUCUUCAAGAAAAAGUACAAGACCAGCUAUGCCCGUAACCGCUCCAUCCGCUCUGUAGCCAUUGAAGUGGAUGGUGAGGUGUACCAUGUAGGCCUGGACGAUGGGCCCCGGCCCCACAACCUUACCAAGCGGCACUGGUCAGGGGCCUCGGAGGACCAGGACGACAAGGAUGGUGGCAGCUUCAGCGGCACUGGAGGCCUCCCAGACUACUCAGCCCCCAAUCCCAUUAAAGUGACUCAUCGGUGUUACAUCCUUGAGAAUGACACGGUUCAGUGUGACCUAGACUUGUACAAGUCCCUGCAGGCUUGGAAAGACCACAAGCUGCACAUCGACCACGAGAUCGAAACCCUACAAAAUAAAAUUAAGAACCUGAGGGAAGUCAGAGGUCACCUAAAGAAGAAGCGGCCAGAAGAAUGUGACUGCCACAAAAUCAGUUACCACACCCAACACAAAGGGCACCUCAAGCACAAAGGCUCCAGCCUGCAUCCUUUCAGGAAGGGUCUUCAGGAGAAGGACAAGGUGUGGCUGUUACGGGAGCAGAAACGCAAGAAGAAACUCCGGAAGCUUCUCAAACGGCUGCGGAACAACGACACGUGCAGUAUGCCAGGCCUCACGUGCUUUACCCAUGACAACCAGCACUGGCAGACGGCACCUCUCUGGACAUUGGGGCCUUUCUGUGCAUGCACCAGUGCCAACAAUAACACUUACUGGUGCCUAAGGACCAUCAACGAGACACACAACUUCCUCUUCUGUGAAUUUGCAACCGGCUUCCUGGAGUACUUUGACCUUAAUACAGACCCCUACCAGCUGAUGAAUGCGGUGAACACACUGGACAGGGACAUCCUCAACCAGCUGCACGUGCAGCUCAUGGAGCUGAGGAGCUGCAAGGGCUACAAGCAGUGCAACCCCCGGACCCGAAACAUGGACCUGGGACUUAAAGAUGGAGGAAGCUAUGAGCAAUACAGGCAGUUUCAGCGUCGAAAAUGGCCAGAAAUGAAGAGACCUUCUUCCAAAUCACUGGGACAGCUUUGGGAAGGCUGGGAAGGUUAAGCAGCCACAGAGACGGACCUCCAAAACCAGAGGCUUGAUGUGGCUGCACAAGCCGUGCAAAACCGUGUGAUCCCCAGCAGACCCAUGCUGAAACAGGCUGCCUGAGAGACAGGGCCUGCUCCUGGCUGAUGUGGAAUUCCUGGAGGAUAGCAGUCUGGAGCAGCAACUUCCGGAGGCCCAUUUUUGCCCUGCUUUGCUUUGGAUUAAGCCGCACCACCUACAUAGAAUGAGUUUUCACUUCCAAAAGUUACCACAAGCCCUCUGAGAGGCUCAAAAGGGAAAAAGUACUGAUUUCCAUGGAAAUUUCCUCCAUGGGUCAAAGUUGCUGGACUUUUAAAAAAUCAUGGCGGGGGGGGCUUGUUUUAACCUUACUCUUUUAAUUCAUCACAAAGAAGAAAGCAAGGAUAAGGGCAACUCACAGGUGCUGCCGACAGCGCACAGUCUGACAAUAAGUUAAUAGCACAAAACAGUAACCUUUACCUAGCACGAUGCCCGGUUGCCUCUAAAGAAGCUGCCUUCAGUGUAUAUGUGACUAUUUACAUGUAACCAACAUGGGAACUUUUAGAGAGUCUCACUAAUAAGAAAUCCCAAUUUUCAAGAGUGGUGGUGUCAAUAAACGCUCUGUGGCCAGUGUAAAAGAAACCCCCUUGCACUUGUGGACAUUUCUGCUCCUGCCCAGACACCGUUCCAUCCAGGAUUCACUCUUUUGUUGUUCAUCCCAGAACUGACAUUUUUUAAGGUACUGAAAAACCAAGUUGAUGUGUGUUCCAUGUUUUAAUGACAUUGUAUUUGUAAAGAAUUUUGUAGCAUUUAAGUAUUGUCGUACUGUGUUUAAACCCCUAGCAACUGGACUAGCCAUUGGUAUGAAGAAAUCUUUGAAUUUUGUAAAAGGUUA